AGGUUUGUGUUUGCGGUGGCGACGGGUGGCAUUGUCCUCUUGACUGGUCGGGAAAAAUGUUGUCGCGCCUCGUAGCUUCUGUCGCGCGCCGGGCGCCGACGGCCCGCGCGAUGAGCGGCGGCGCCAUCUCGCAGCACCGGGACACGCCCGACAACACGAAGGAGACGCCGUUCGACUUUAGCGAGGAGAACUACGUCAAGGUCCACGCGAUCCUGUCGCGGUACCCGGAGAACUACAAGGCGUCGGCGAUCAUCCCGCUGCUCGACCUCGCCCAGCGCCAGCACGGCGGGUGGCUCCCGCUCGCGGCCAUGAACAAGGUCGCGCGCAUCACGGAGGUCAAGCCCAUCCAGGUGUACGAGGUCGCGACGUUCUACACCAUGUUCAACCGCGAGAAGGUCGGCAAGUACUUUAUCCAGCUCUGCGGCACGACGCCGUGCAUGAUUUGCGGCUCGGAAGAGAUCAAGAAGACGAUCGAGUCGCACCUCGGCAUCAAGGAGGGCGAGACGACGGCCGACGAGCUCUUUACGCUCCGCGAAGUCGAGUGCCUCGGCGCGUGCGCCAACGCGCCCAUGGUGCAGAUCAACGACGACUUUUACGAAAACUUGACGCCGCAGACGACGCGCGAGCUCCUCGACGCGUGUAAGGCGGGCAAGGCGCCGGCCAUGAACAAGUGGGGCUCGCUCCCGAUGAACGGCCAGCUCUCGUGCGAAGGCCCGCAGGGCAAGACGACGCUCAAGUGGGAGCACCCGCCGGCCGGCUUCAAGAUGCGCCCCGACUCGGACCUCGUGCCCAAGGUCGACCCCAAGACGAUCAAGGAAGAAAUGUUGUACUAAGCGUCGUCGACGAGAUAGAACCGCGCGUCCCAAAUAUAUAAAUCGGAGCCAACGACCAUGCAUUGUUGU